AUGUCGGAAGAGAAGAUCGAAGUGAAGGAGACGGAUAUGGAGGACUCGCAGAGGGACAUGGUCAUCGGCACCGUCCGUGAAGCACAACGUCUCUACAACAUCGACAAGGAUGUCGCCGCUUUUGUGAAAGAGGAAUUGGAUAAGAAGUUCGGAGCCACGUGGCACGUCAUCUGCGGAAAGUGCUUCGGAAGUCGAGUCAGCUACGAAAUGGGACACUUCAUCCUUCUCAAGUGCAACAAGGUGAGCCAUCCACAAGGAGGAAAGUUGAGAACAUAUGAUUGUUGCAGGUAAAUGUGAUGAUCUACAAGUGCGGAUAUUAG